AAUGCUUUCAAAAGAAAGACUGAGUUUCAAUUACCACAGGGAAAAUAUCCAAACCUUAUUUAUGAAAGAAAGUGAAAUGCUACCAAUGUGUGCACAACAACAAGGAUUGAGUAGUUUUGCAUCAAAAGAAACUCUCCAGAUAGAAUUAGCAGAUCAACAGAAAAAAACAAAAGCAGUCCAGAAGCUGCUGGAUUAUCUCAGUGAAAUUUCAAUAGAUAAAACACUUAAAAUAUUAAAAACAAUUAGUGAUAAGGGUAAUGAACAAGCUGGACAACUGAGAGAAAAAGUAAAAGAUCAGACAUCUGUUUGGCAUAUAUUAGUAGCUGCCACAAAGGAACAGAGGAUGAAUGAUUGUUGUAUGAUUUCACUUCUUCCGUUUGGUGGGACAAAACAAGUGAGAAUUGAAGAUAUCAAUACUCCAAUUAAAAUGUUAAAGACAACAUCUGAGAAUAUCAUUGAAAGAAAACUUGUAGACACAGAAGUGACUUGUGACAAUUUUUUUAAGAUAUUCUACAAGAAAUCUUAA